AUGUCUGUUUUCAAAAAAAAAUCACACGUAAAACGUAUUCCCAAUCCUGAUUGGCGAGAGGAGUUUUAUCGCAAUGGCCGUCCGGAUGAAAGGGAAGUAAUAGUCAUUUCGGAUACACCUACCCCCCCGGAUGCUUAUCCCCGGCAGCCCACACAAAUUGAAACGAGAGGGAUGAAACGAAGCAGGCGAACUCCAACGAAUAAAUACAUACAGUCCUCCCAAGCGCUACCUCAACCAACAUCAAGUGCAUACAAAAGACGACGGAAAGAAGUACAAACCAAUCAAACUCACUCCCAAUAUGGAGAGACAUCUUACCGCUCUUAUGUUUCGAAUAGUUCUCAUACUUCAGCACAGUAUCGUGAGCCAAUUUCGGCUAGAGAAUCUCAUUCGUCUGCAGCUUCAUCACGUCAAGCAAUAAUACCUAACUACGACGAGAAAGAUGGUCAUUACAUAACAAAAUACUCGGUCAAUUGGGACAAGGAACUUUCGGAAAGGUCGUCAAAUGCUUGGAUCGCUCAACCAAUAGAAUGGUUGCCGUUAAAAUUAUUCGUGCGAUCCAAAAGUACCGUGAAGCCAGUAGAAUCGAGAUCAGG